GGAGAUGAGUAUUGGUACUCGUUAGGCAGCGGGUUACGCUGAUGUGCAAGUAGAGCUGUGGCAAAACCCCCUGUUGUUGCCUUUCCCCCAUCUUCAUGCAAAGACCUCUUACGUCCCAGUCUUGCUUGUGGUUUAGUUACCCUGGGCCUGUCUGAUCCCAGCAGUCAGAAGCUGAACUUGUAGUAGGUAAUGUCUGAAAAAAUAGCUGUAGUCUGAUUCAGGAAAGGUGAACUCAGCUGGGGUUUGCACAUCGUUUUUGUAAAGUCAUUGGUGGCUUUGAAGGUUGAUUUCUUGUACAGUGCACAGUGGCAGAAAUACUUCUAAUAAAUACAAAGAAAAAUAGUGCAUUUAAAUACUAUGGAUUUAGGCUCUUUGGAUGUUAAGACAGAUGUAGAAGCGUGACACUUCAAAAUGCUAGAGGAACCUAAAAAGCUCAUCGGUAAAUCCCUUCAGCCGGCUCGACCCGUGCGUCAUUUGUCCUCACAAAAUGAGCCAGUGAUUGCUUUCAACUUGCAGAGUGAGUUGCCCAGCAGCACGGAGGUGUGCCUGCCCAGGGAGGUUGGCUGGUUGUCUGAAAUGACUGGAAUGAAGAUCUUAACUCAAACUGUGAUACCCAGUCAACCAAAACCGAAUGAAUUAGAAGAAAAAAAAGAAAGAAUCAAAUACAGCAGAGACUUUCUUUUAAAGCUUUCCAAUGUUUCACUCUCUCAAGAGAAGCCAAAGUUUCUUCCUGAUCAUCCAAUUGUACUUGAAAAACCAGAGAACAGCAACACUUUCAUUGAUUUACGCAAGAACUGAUAGGUUGAUGGGAAGAUGAGAUCCACUGCUGAAGCAUAUUUUUACAGAAGAUUUUUAGAAGGAACUUGAGUGCCUACAGAUGAAAACAAGACUUUAUGAAACCUCCAAAAAGGCCUAUUUCUAUCAGUAAUAACCUGAAUGUUUUGCAACUCAAACAUUUAAUUUGUAAUGUCUGAGAUAGUAGUGGAAGUAAAUAAUUUUGUUUCUCUGUGACAGCCUUUUCCUUGAAUCAGCUGUGCCUUCUAACCAUAUAGUUCAUUAACCAUCUAGUUCAUUUGACCACCAACUUCAAACCAAUACUUGAAUUGACUUUUUGCUGUUCACUCUCUCUUCCUUGGCAGUAAUAACGGACAAUAGCUACCAGCGACAUCAAAUCUUCAAAUGGCUUAGGAGUACAUACUAUUUUAGCCUAAUUUUUGGAGGGUCAAAACUUCACUUUUUUUU